CCGGUGCGAGCCGCCUUUCCCGUCACGAGCACGAAACGGAACCGGGCACCGAGGCCACGCACGGCUCGGCGCAGCGGUGUGCGAUAAGGGAGACCGACCGAACCUCUCCGGUGAGGGAGACGGGGACGUGAAGGCCGGCAAGAUUCGAGGGGCCGGCGGAACCAAGCGGAAGCCAGCAGAGUCGUCGUCCACGCGGGGCGGCCGCCGGCGGACGGAGCCGGCAGCUCCGGCGCCUAAGGAGAUGGGGGUCGACUACUACAAGGUCCUCGGCGUUGACCGUGGCGCCAGCGACGACGACCUCAAGAAGGCCUACCGCAAGCUCGCCAUGCGGUGGCACCCGGACAAGAACCCCACCACCAAGAAGGAGGCGGAGGCCAAGUUCAAGCAGAUCUCCGAGGCGUACGAGGUCCUUAGCGAUUCACAGAAACGCACAAUAUAUGACCAGCUAGGGGAAGAAGGGCUCAAGGGGCAGCCGCCUCCAGGGGCGGGAGGUCCCGGUGCAUCUUCCUUCUACCCUGGCGGUGGCCAGUCAACCUCAUUUCACUUCAAUCCAAGGAGUGCGGAUGAUAUAUUUGCUGAGUUCUUCGGAUUUUCUGGGCCUUUCGGCCUGGGUGGCAUGCCGGGUGGCAGCAUGAGAGGGGAACCAAGAUCUUAUGGUGGGGGCGUGUUUAGCAACGAGUAUCUCGCUUCACGAUUUGGUGCGGAGAGUUCUGCUGGCAGUAUGCCGCGUCCAUCACACAAACCGGCACCCAUUGAGAAUCGACUUCCAGUGACCCUUGCGGAUUUGUACAAGGGUGUAGCCAAAAAGAUGAAAAUCUCAAGAGAGGUCAUAGAGGCCAGUGGGAGAGUUUCCCAGGUAGAAGAAAUUCUGACAAUAGAUGUGAAGCCUGGUUGGAAGAAGGGGACAAAGAUCACCUUCCCUGAAAAGGGGAAUGAAUCUCCAAGCAUGAUAGCUGCUGAUAUUGUCUUCAUCAUUGAAGAGAAGCCCCAUGAUGUUUUCACCAGGGAAGGAAACGAUCUCGUCAUGACACAGAAGAUCUCCUUGGUGGAAGCACUGACUGGCUAUACCUUGCAUCUCACAACGCUUGACGGGCGGAGCCUGUCCAUACAAGUUAACUCGGUGAUCCACCCUAGCUAUGAAGAGGUGAUCCCUGGAGAGGGCAUGCCGAUACCCAAGGAGCCCGGUAAGAAGGGAAAUCUGCGCGUAAAGUUCAGCAUCAAGUUCCCUUCCAGGCUGACAUCUGACCAGAAAGCUGGGAUCAAAAGGCUUUUGGGUUCUUAGCCCUAUGUGUCAUUUCUAUAGGCUGAUGAAAGCGACUGUGAAUAUCUCCAGCAUGUGGCUAGAUAGAUUUCUAUCCGUCCGGAAUUGGUUAUUCCAUUACAUACCUGUAGAAAUGAUGUUGUCAUUCUAUGUGUUGUUUUCCCCCAUAACUUGGUAGAGGCUUUUUCACAUAUGUGACCAGGCUGGUUGUUGUUGAUGUCUUAAUAUGUUCUUCCUCGGGAUUGAAAGAAGGUUUGAGUCCAGAAAGGUUAUAGAGAUUUUGUACCCUGUCUUGUCGGGAUAAUUUGGUUUUGUUAUAUGCUAUUUGAACUGUGGUUUCUGUGUA